GGGUGACCUGGCCUGGCUUCUCGCUUUCAGCAUCGCUGGUGGCAUUUCGCACAGCCAUGCAAGCCUCCAAUGUGUGAGACUCUCACUGCCUCCUCACUGGGCUUUUCUGCAGAUAAUGUUUGGCCUUCCUCAGCUCCAGCUCUGGCACUUUGGGCGGUUGCCCUUUUCCACAUCAUUUUUCUCGCUGCCGCUGUAUGCCGGGAUUUGCGGAUGCGGCGGCAGGGAUGGUGGAAGGAAGAGUACUUCCUCACUCGUGAUGCGGCCCAUGCUCAGGUCUUCAAGCUGAGCCUGGCCUCGAGACUUCGAGCGCUGGGCUGUGGUGCCUUGAGUGCCUUGAGUCGAAACGAAGCGAUGAGCCGGUUGGCCAACUACCUGGGGAUCUUCUGUGUAAGGACAGCGGCAGCCACGAAGUUGCACCUUACUGAGCUAGAUGUGCAAUUCAUGCUUUUGCACAUGUAUCAGGUGACUUUUGCGAAUGAAGAAUCUGCCUGGACACGAAAGCGGAAUGCAGACUUUCUUGCCUUGCAACUAAAGGUCCAGCAGGCCAUCACUGCCUCGUACUCUGAAUUGGUUUCGCAGCCCAGCAUUCGAAGUCGUUUCUGGAUUUUCUUUCUGCAGUUCCAGCCGCACCGUGCUGUGCAGAGCUAUUCGCUGGUCACUCGAUGCUUCAUGCGUGCGUGCGUGGUGGUGGCCAACAUCUUUGGCCGCGUGGCCCUUUCUGUUUUGUUCUUCCUCGUGGUCGGAGACACGCAACCUCGCAAUGACGAGUCUUGCAAAGCUGCGGGAUCGAGGCAAUACGUCGAAGGUGUCGUUGGCGGUCUUGGCCUUCAACUACUCUUUUCCUGCAUCUCCAGGCUGCUGCAACUCCUUUGGACUGGGAUACUGCUGUUGUUCCACAGUCGGGAGUUCAAGCAGGAUGUGCAGUGGGAUGCGGAGUCGCGCCGUCAGCAGGUGACGAAGUGGUGGCUGCAAGAUGUGGCGUUUGCAGCACUUAUCUUGCUGUACUCGUUUGGCUGCUGCAUGCUUGGAACGGCCUACGUUGCAAGUGCAUCAGAUGAGGACGGGCAGCGAUGGCUUGCAAGCUUUGCUACGAUGGUUUUUCUUACAGUCCUUGUAGAGCCGUUGGCGAAGAGUCUCGUAUCUGCCGGAUUGGCUGGAAGGUCGAUACAGGAGACCGGUGGCAUCAGCUUGCAAGACUGCCUUGGCAUCCAUGGACCCUCCGUCUCUGCCAGGGUGGACUUGGAUCCUAUCCGAGAGGUGGAGGAGGUGCCAGGUGCGCCAGACUGUCCUGUACCACUUCGCUCGCCCUCUGCUCCGGCGCUGAAGGGUAACACUGCUAAAGAGCCAGACAUAUCGCCAGUUGGGAGUGCAGGCCUGAGUGGUGCAGGGCCUCCGACAAUCCAUGCCUGGCGCAGCAGCCCGAAUGCGAUGCCGACCUUCUUGAGAGGGGGCACUCGCAGGUGAUGUACGGGUUUAAAAUCAGAACGCUCCAGGCUCCAGCAGUCCAGAAUUUGGAACCAAUCGGCCAUCGCCGUGCCAAGAGUGUUGUCAUUUGGUGCAGUCAGGUCGGUCAUUCUGGGAAAGCCCGUGGGCAGCGAGACACCUGGAGACGCAAGUGCGAGCCACAAGACGACCUGGCCGUGGAGUCGGCAUCCAUGAGCAUCCAUGAGCUAGGUCAUGCCAAGGCGCCAUGCUGACGCUUGCACGGCUUGAGGCAAACCCUACAUCGUUGCAGUUUGGAGGCAACUCUUUGACGCUGGCACGUAAAUGGAGGAAUUCUGAUUGCGUAUGCAAGGACCUCAAAUGAGGCUUAUCUUGUAGCAAUUGACCCGUUGGCCUCCUUCGGCAGGCUGCACAAAGGCUUGCAGCGCAAUUUUUUGAUAAGGUAUUUUGGACCAACAACUGCCUGCUAUGAGUCACCACUGGCUGCGCAUGUUGAAUUGUAGCUUCUUGCUUUGCUGUGGCGGUCCAGAACUGGCUGCAAUGCUGUGGACCUUACCAAGUAAGAUCCAGUGACGUGACAGCCUUCUCUAAAUUCAGCGGCGUCUCCGGCGACAGGUGCCGCGAGGCUGAACCGAAACCCAUGCUGAGCAAAGGAAACAAAUUGCACUCACGAGGGCAGUGGUUUUUGCACCGUUCAUUCAGUGGGUUCGUGUUUGCUUGGAGGUCCGUGGCCUUUCUCCUUGGAGCUGCCUUGCAAGGA